GUGUCUGUUACAGAGUUCAGUCUGCACGCAGCAGCUCUCACUGAGUCUCUGUCUCUCGCUCAGGAUGGACCAGCUGGGUUUUGGAUUAUUGAUGAUUCUGCUGCAGUUCCACAGUUUACACUCAGAUUCUCUCCGUCAGGUGUUACAGUCCGCUGUCGUCCGCCCGAUCAGGACCGACUCAGAAGGCCGCUUCCUGUCAGCGUCAGUGUCCCACCGCCAGCAACGCAGCAGAAGACACGUCCACUCCGCCAAGGACACGCCCAGUGACACAGACAGUAUACGACAUGAGGUGCCACCGUCCAAUCAGACAGGGCGCGGCUGGAAGGGGCGGGGCCACACAGCAGAGGAGGCAGAACUUUUCUACAACGUGACGGUGUUCGGUAAGGAGCUGCAUCUACGGCUGCGCCCCAAUGCUCGCCUCAUUGCCCCCGCCGCCACCAUGGAGUGGUGGGAGGAGUCAGGACGCAAAGUCUCUCAGCCAAUAGGAGAUGCCGGCUGCUUCUACACAGGAGACGUGUCCAACAUGGAGGACACGUUCGUUGCCAUCAGCAACUGUGACGGGCUGGCCGGGAUGAUCCGGACGGGUCAGGAGGAGUUUUUUAUUGAGCCGUUGGAUCGUUGGAGGACAGGAAGAGAAGAAGAAGCAGCAGAAGAAGAAGCAGCAGAAGAAGAAGCAGGAAGACGACACAUCGUUUAUCGCUUGUCAGACAUCAUUAAGAAACAACUGGCUGUCAAUCAAACAGCUGAUGACUUCCUCCGAGCUCCUCUUCUAGGCUCUCUGAACUUCAACCACAAUGUGUUUCAGUCCGGGUCCAGAACAGCUCGACAACGGCGCUACAUCGAAGAGGCUGAACUGUUUAACAUUGAGGUUUUGUUAGCAGUGGAUUAUUCUGUUCUUCUUUUCCACGGCCGAGACCACAUUCAGAAAUAUCUUCUGACACUCAUGAACAUAGUAAAUGAGAUCUAUCAGGAUCAUUCUCUGGGCGCCAACAUCAACGUAGUCCUGGUCAGGAUCGUCAUGUUGUCUCCAUCAAAGUCCCAGGAGCUGAUCUCUGUGGGGAACCCACAGAAGAGUUUGGAGAACGUGUGCGGCUGGUCGUAUCUCCAGCAGAGGGAGCACAGUCACGCCGAGCAGCACGACCACCUCAUCUACCUGACCAGGCAGGAGUUCGGCCCCUCCGGCAUGCAGGGUUAUGCUCCAGUUAAAGGAAUGUGUCAAUUGCAUCGGAGUUGCGUCCUCGUCUUUGAAGACGGGUUUUCCUCGGCCUUCGUAGCUGCCCAUGAAACAGGACACGUGUUAGGGAUGGAGCAUGACGGCGAGGCGAAUGACUGUGAUGACGACGUGCCAGUGGGCAGCAUCAUGUCCCCGCGUGUCCAGGCCACCUUCCAUCGAUACCAUUGGUCCCGGUGCAGCUGGAGGGAGCUGCACAAAUAUCUCCAUACCUAUGACUGUCUCCGUGACGACCCGUUCCACCACGAUUGGCCAGCUCAGCCUCCGUUGCCAGGGUUUCAGUACUCGAUGGACCAACAGUGUCGCUUCGACUUCGGCCCAGGAUACAGCCUCUGUACUGCGUACACGACGCUCGACCCGUGCAAACAGCUGUGGUGCAGCGACUACAACAACCCGUUCUACUGUAAGACCAAGAAAGGCCCGCCACUCGACGGGACCAAGUGUGGCCCGGGGAAGCACUGUUUUAAGGGCUUCUGCAUGAAGCUGACCGCAGACCUGCUGAGACAAGAUGGCGGCUGGGGAUCCUGGAGUCCGUACGGCGGCUGCACCCGGACCUGCGGGGGGGGGGUCAGGUUUCGUGCCCGGCGCUGCGACAGUCCAGCUCCAGCCAACGGGGGGCGCACCUGCUUCGGAAACAGCUACGAGUUCCAGCUGUGCAGCUACGAAGAAUGUCCACCACUCACCGACUUCAGAGAGGAUCAGUGUAAAGUCUGGAACCCGUUCUUUGAACACGAAGGAAUCAAACAUCACUGGCUGCCACACCAACACCCGGACCCUGAUGAGCGCUGCCUUCUGUACUGCCAGUCCAAGGAGACGUCUGCGGUGGUUUCUAUGGACAGAAUGGUGCAUGAUGGGACGGCGUGCUCGUACGGUGACGCCCACAGCGUGUGCGUCCGAGGAGAGUGUGAGCAUGUGGGCUGUGACGGACAGAUCGCGUCGGAGCAGCAGGAGGAUCGUUGUGGAGUUUGUGGAGGAGACAACUCCAGCUGUCAGAUCGUCAGAGGAAACUUCAGCCGCAGCGCCAAGAAACAAGGUUACCUGAAGAUCCUGGAGAUCCCUAAAGGAGCCCAUCACCUGCUGAUCCAGGAGUUCAGGAGGACUCCUCACAUCCUGGCGGUGACGAACCAGGAGACGGGUCACCUCUUCCUCAAUGAUGAAGCCGAGCUCCCGGAGUCCCGGGUGGUGAUCGAGCAGGGCGUGUUGUGGGAGUACACCAACACGCAGGAGCAGGAAUCCCUGCAGACCACUGGGCCCCUGAAGUACGGAGUCCUGCUCCUGGUCCGUUCCCAUGGCGACUCCAAGGUGACGGUGUCCUAUAAGUACAUCAUCCAGGACCGCCUCCGCUCUUCACUGGAGUCCAACCUGGUGCAGGAGGACGCCAUCUUCUACGAGUGGGCACUGAAGAAGUGGUCGCAGUGCUCCAAACCCUGCGGAAGUGGGAAACAGUACACCAGGUUCGGCUGCAGGAGGAAAGCUGACGGGAAAAUGGUUCAGAGGAUGUUCUGCUCCAACAUCAACAAGCCGAGAGCCAUCAGCCGCACCUGCAACACUGACACCUGCAGCUCGUCACGCUGGGUGACCGGGGAGUGGGAGGACUGCAGUGCCUCCUGUGGUCAGACGGGUUGGCAGCGUCGCUGGGUGAGCUGCCAGCAGGCGUCCAGCAGUGGGCAGCAGCAACAGCGCUCAGUGAACAGCAAACUCUGCGGGGAGAACCGACCAGAAGGGAAACAAACCUGCAACCGCUUACCCUGCCCCGCCGCCUGGCGAGCUGGGCCCUGGACCCCGUGUUCAGUAUCAUGUGGAAACGGGACUCAGGAACGCCAGGUUGCGUGUUCCCGUCCUGAGGCUUCGGGCCAAAACUGCAGCAACCCUCGGCCAAUCACAACUCGCACCUGCCAGCCCCCACCGUGUAGCGGUGACCAAAAGAACGCCAUAAUUCAGUGGCUCUCCAGGUCCAACCCAGACUUCCCAGUUCCAAAGAUCUCCUCCAGGCAGCGCUGCCGUGGUGACCGCUCCGUGUUUUGUCGGAUGGAGGUGUUGAGUCGGUACUGCUCCAUCGCUGGAUACCGUCAGAUGUGCUGCAAGUCCUGCAGCGAGGGAAACCUCAGCAACUCCACCAACUCUGACAACUCCACCAACUUCAGCAGCACGAUCCCACCGACCGCCAACAGCAGUUCGUGGAGUUUAACCACAGAGACGAUGACUUCAGCGUCCACCUCCUCCUGGACAGAGAGCAGCCACAUCAUCAGCACGCCAUUGCCCAGCAUCACUGUAACUCCGCCCCGGUCCAGCAGGAGCAGCACCGACUUUGUGUAUGUGGAGUACGACGAUUACGUUGAGUAUUCGUCCUACGGGCAAUCUUCGAAUCCCUUCGACGCUCCUGAUAUUAUUCCAACUACGACCGCUACAACUGCUACUACAAGACGUCCAAGAAAAACUGCUCCAGCACAUUUAUUCAGGAGGAAAACUACCACUCCAACAAUGCCCCCUGCUACAGUUGUAACUGCUGAAGGUCAAAGUCCAACCCUGGCGCCGGCCAGGACGUCCGCCGUCCCAGAGGUCCCCACCACAACAACAUCGGCAGUCAUCGCCGCCACAUCGUCCCCAAACAGGACGUCAGCGGGACGGAGCCUUCAGACAGAAACUAAACCAACGCCAACAUUGUUGACGCCCUCCUUCUUCCCGCUCUCUUCUAAGAAGGAGAACAACUCCGUGGACGAGGUCCCGUACCGGAUCGUGGGAUUGGACAGCGACGUCACGAGGGGACAGCAGAACCACUUUGUGCCACGGAUGCCACGGAUGCCGCCGAUCCGCGAGCGAACACAAAACAAACGAAUUCAGCAGCUUCUGAACGAGAAACGACAAAAAGAUCUUCUGAGGAGAGCCAGCAGGAGCAGAGAGGGCAGGACGGACAGGAAACACGGCGGAUUGUAAAAACACUCAAAUGUUUCAGUGUUAUUGUUCACUCGUGAUGACGCAUGUGCAGCUUGCUCACUUUCUGCUAACGCUAAUGAACUCUUAACGAGAAACAGACUGCAGAGGCCACAGAACAAGCGAGGAUUCUCCGCCAGCUUCUCCGGAUGAUCACCUUCAUGGAGCCGUGAAGCAACGUCCGCUGUCAGGGAUAAAGUAUCCUGAAGUCUAAAAGAUUUAACUGUAAAACUGCCUCUGAUGUCCAGUUGUUGGUUCUCACGUUCAUGAUGUUUGUACCAAAUAAUCCUGUUUCUAAAUAAAGUCUCAUCCAGCAACCCGUGUUAAAGGAACAGUUCAACAUUCAGGGAACUCCUCUCAAACACACAGACACAUGUUAACAUUGGAAACAAACUUAGCUUCUUGAACAGUGGGGCUGAUGCUUCCUAGAUAUUUGAUGCAGUAUUAAAAAUGUAUUUUAGAUUAAAAUCCUUUUAUGAAGGUAAGAUGGAAAUUGGUCUGACUUCAAACAUUAAACUGUAAUAAAGUGUCAGAAGACACUUCAUGUGACUUCAAUAUAAAAACAUUUUUAAAAAGAUCCUUUAUUAUUCUGUCAAACUUGAGUUUCUCACUGCGGUUUUAUUUCAGAAUCUGCUUCAGUUUUUAUAUUUUAUAUCCAGAGAUGAUU